AGAAGGAGGACACUCCCACAUGCCCUGUCCCGCCUUCAAUGAACAGCGAGACCAACUUGCACGCGACGCGGGCCCAGCCGCCCGCUCGAUGAAAGAUCUCCUCAACUCAGCGAGCACCAUGAGACCCCUCUUCCGAUACAUACACGACACCGGCCGCUUCGCGGCCGCCUACGGAGACCUAGAGUUGAAAGAUGCGAAGGCGAGAGACCGCGCCCAGGGGGCGCAACACUCUAGUACUAUACCUGCCCUACGCUCCGGCGAACGGCGAUGCUCAGCGACCACGGACCAUACGAUACACACAACGAGAGUAGCAUACGUCAUGUCUACAUAGGGCUUCGCCCUCAGUGACACUAAAUGGAAUAAACAAACAAACAAACAAAC